AUGGACUAUAAAUCCCUCCGCACACCAGAGCACUGCCUCGCAGACUUCUGCCUUAUCCCCAUCGGCACCGAGUCGGCAUCAGUCUCUGCCCAGAUCGCUGAUGUCCAGCGACUUAUCGAGGCAUCAGGCGUGAAGUAUACGAUGCAUUCGGCUGGGACGACACUCGAGGGUUCCUGGGAUCGUGUACACGAAGUUAUUGGACAGGCACAUACACUACUACACGAACAAGGUGUUGUGCGUAUUCAAACUGAUAUCCGUGUUGGAUCGAGGACGGAUAAAGAGCAGACUGCUGAGGAUAAGGUGAAUAAGGUGAAGCAGUUAUUAGCUACGGAUCAGAAGCAGACUGAUACGAGUAGGGCGGCUGCAGGAUACGCGGCGGCAGAGGCAUACAAGGCAGGAGAUGCAUUUGAUAACUUGAAGGCUGGCUGGGCUUAA